GGGCGAGAGAAGGGAACAUAAGAGGCGGUAAGACGAGAAGAGAGAGGGGAAGACGGAAGAGGAGAGAAGAGAGGAGAGAAGAAGAGCAGCGAAAUAGCUGACAGUGAGAGACGAGAAGAGAAGAGGAGAGAGAGAGUCGAGGACGGCAGAGAGGCCGAGUGCAAGCACAGUCCAAGUCGUCGAACUUAUGGAGAUAAGCAGAGCCGCGCGCAGUGUCCUGGGGGGAGCCUACCUCCGGACUAUAGGCUCGAUGAUGGCUUUCUGGUUGAUGAUGCCUCUUCUGCUCGUGACGGUGAUUAACACAGAUGGUGACAGUCACCAUGGCGGCGCCGACGGCUAUGGAGGUUCCCGCAUUUUGCUCGCUGCUGCCUCUCCAACUGAGUCGAGGAGCUUUUCCGGGAGGAACCUGGCGAUGGGCCGGACAGGAGGAGGAGGGGGAGGAGAACAAGUGUUGGCAGCAAGAGACUCCAUGCACGAGUCGACAGCUGAGGGCGCUCAAGCAUGGUCAGGAUCAUACUCCGAGCACGCCGCCCCUCUCCAUCGGCGGCGUUCUUCGAACCGUCGGCUGGCUGCGUCAACGUCGACUCUCCGUGGCGGAGGAGGAAGCUUCCAUGAAGGUGCUCGACGAGGGCGUGCUCUUCAAACCACCACAGCGAACUGGGUGACUGCUCACAACGCAGCGAGGACUAGUGUCGGUGUGCCUGGACUCAGCUGGAACAACACAGUGGCGUCUUCUGCAGAUAGUUGGGCCAGCACGCUCGCUGCCACUUGCCAGAUGUACCACGCCUCAAACACCGGCUACGGGGAGAAUCUGUACAUGGCCUGGAGUUCGGGAGCUAUUAGCAUCACGGCAUCAGGUGUUGUGGGCGCUUGGGUGUCUGAGAAGGCCUAUUACAACUACGCGACCAACACCUGUGCGGCCGGUAAGGUGUGCGGUCACUACACCCAGGUCGUCUGGAAGAACACCAAAUUCGUCGGGUGUGCUAUCAAGUCCUGCAAGUAUGGGUCGUAUAACGCACAGAUCGCCGUCUGCCGGUACAGCCCACCUGGCAACUAUGUAGGCCAAAAGCCCUACUGACCGUCCGGUUUACUCUCAGACUGAUUACAGUGAGAGAGUACGCACACACGGAGCUUGUUCUCGAUGCAUCUGACCACAAUUACGGCAAGGGUGAGGGAUGAAUCGGACUGCAAUCACGUCCAGAGCUUUGUGGAGAAAGUCUGUACUGUGAGCAUGCCCUGAGUUUGCAUCUCUGUUCGGAGGAUCAAGUAGUUCUCAGACUGAGCGUCAGUCUGACAGUCAGUCAGUUCUGCUUGAAAAGCAUAGUUGUCGUAGCCUCGCGCAGACACUUUUUUACUUUUUUUUCUCCUGGACGGAAUUGCGGCCAGAUGCAUGCCGGUCCGGCCGUACAUUCGGUCAGGUACUUUCAAGAUACUGCUGGUGUGAGUACACUGCGUAGCCUCACUCAUCAGACGCGUAGGCCUGUCCUUCAGGAAUGAUGAACUUGUUAGUCAGUUAGUUACGGCGGUUGCGCACAUUAGACUGCUUCUGGUAAUUGGAAAUUUUAUGUCGGUAAUUAAUUACACUCAUGAUCUAUUAGACGGCACGUGAGUGUGUACUAAACGACCACGUGGCAGAGAUAGCUAUCGUUGAUCCGUUUUUUUUUUUCUUUCCCAAUCAGAUCUGUUAUUCCCUAUGUACCACUCCUCCCCCCCCCCCCCCCCCCCCCCCCCCCCCGCCCACCACUAAUUUUUGUUAUCCUUUGUUUUUUCCCCUUCAGUUUUGUGUCCUUAAUUUAGUUCAAGCGAUGGUGUAUUAUUAUGACCUGUUUCCGAGCGAGGUCUAUGCGCAUCGAGAUUCUGUUUUUUUUUUUUUUUUAAUACCGUAUUGAGAUUUUGCUCUCCACUAUUUCCCUAUUUUUUUUACCCUUUCUGCAGUUAUUUCACCGUGUGCUGCGGCGAUCCCGGCGGCAUUGGUUCUAGUUGCGCGGUAGCUCCCCAGUUUUUUCGCGGUGUGCUGACGCGAUCCCGGCGGCAUUGGUUCCACUUGCACGAUGGUCCCCACCGCCGCGUUUGGCCGUGGCUUUGUCCAAAACGGCCCUUGUAGGGGCUCAAUUCGUGGUAGAGGUUUUCCAAAUUGGUGGUAAGAAUAUUCGAAUUUGGAGUGGCGCCAAUUCGAUUUCGCCCAAUGGAAUUUGGAAUGGCGGCAAUUCGAUUUGGCCCACUGGAAUUUGGAAUGGCGCCAAUCCAUUUGAAAUGGCGCCAAUCGAUCGGGCCCAAUGGAAUUUCCAAUGGCGCCAAUCGAUUGGGCACAAUGGAGUUUGCAAUGGCGCCGAUGGAUUGGUGCCAAACGAAUGGAAGCCUCUUCAUCGGGCAGGAGCUCGAGAACCGCGCAACGAAAGAGGACAAGGAAAUUCAGCAAGCAAAUAUUAGAGGAGAGAGAUGUCGUCGGGACGUCUGUUUGUAUUAGGGGAGUUUUUUUUUUUUUUUUUUUUUUUUUUUUUUUUUUUUUUUUUUUUUUUUUUUUUUUUUGAGGCAAUUUCUUCAUGGCUUAGGGGAACUGAUUCCGCGUUUAUGCGAACUUGGAACUUGUACAGCGAAAUGGAUUUUUUUUUCUUUUUUAUUUUUUUUACUAGGGAAAUGAAUUAUUCUGUUAUCC